AUGCAUCUUAUCAGCAAAAUUCUUUACGUCUGCGUCGCUUUACACGUCGCCUUCCAGGGCGCGUCCGGCGCAAUUCUCCGGGGACGAACCAGCGAUGCCGAUUCUAACCAGCUUUCAGCAAGUGAUUUCCAAACUCUGAGCCAAGCCGCGGAGGAUCUGAACAGUCAGCUGGAUAACUUUUUGCGUAACUGGAGCGGUGGUCACCGUAAACCCGAAACCGAGGAAACUACAACCAUCGUCAAGCGGCAGACCAGUGGCGUCUCGAUAUCUGCGCAAGACCUUCAAGAUCUUCUGAAGCUUAUCCAGUCCAUCGAGCGGCAGUUGGCGGCGAUAAUCUCUGGCAGUACUACGGCAAGCGGGACAGUGGCACCGGCUCCGUCAAACACUGUCAACAAUCCGGGGCCGGUUGCUUCGUCGCCAGCGCAGUCCGUUGUCCAACCCACGGCGACUGGCAAUGGUCCGGCCAACCCAGGUGUGAGUUCUCCUACACCCAACCCCGUUCUGACAAACACAGGAAAUGGCGGGCCGUUCACCACGGCAUACGGGACGUCCGUCUCGACCGGGACGAGAUGCAUAACGACAAUCACACAAACCUUUACCGAGUAUGUUCAUGAGGACGGAACGACAGCCGUGCCCGGGGCUCGCCGAUCAGUCGUGGACGACGUCGAGGUAGAUGCCGAAGAGGACGAUGAGCCUUGGGUCACUGUCACCGUGCCUCGGGACACUGAAGAAGACGAUGAGUGGGAGCCUUGGGUCCAGUUCGACGGGACAACCACCGAGGAAGACGAGUCUGACGUGGGCUUCACGACGCGCGAUUCCUGGACGGAGCUGGGUGUUAAGCGUCGUGAUCCGCUGGACGAGACCAGUGGCCCUGGGCUCCUCUUUGUUCGCGACGAAGAGGGCAUUUGA